AUCUCGCGAGAGGCUUUGUGUGGCUUUUUUCAGUUGCGCGAGAAAAAGUAAACUUAUUUGAAUGAAAAUCGUUCGUCGGUGCUGAUCGCGCUCUCUUCUCCCAGAAACUUGCGAAGAAAGGGUGGGAAAAGGACUCGGUAGAUCGCUCCACAAUGGGUUGGUGGAACAAGAAAAACGAGACGGACCGCAGCCAGCCGACGGGCCAGGAGCUGGUGCUGCAGGAUCCGCGAACGCGCGUCAAGACGACCAGUGCAGCCACUAAAACGACGAACACCGCCGUGCAAAACUCUACCAUUACGGAUAGCAACAAACAGACAGUCACGUUCAUGUCCACCCGUCAGACCGUGACGCACACGCAGCAAGCUAGAGUUACCGAAAUUGUGACGCGGCGGACCCCCAGCCAGGCCGAGUUGGAGGCUCUUUUCGCCCAGAUGAGAAUGGGUAAUGAUGGCGCUACCACCACUACAACCGUCACAACCUCGCGGUCUCGACCCCCGAGCCUAAACGGGGUUUCACUUCGCUCCGCGCCGUCCUUCAAGGCCUCGGCCAAUACCGCCGGAAAGCGGUCCAGCACGCUGGUCAAGACAGAGCAAACCACUGUGUCGAAGAAGAACGGCAGGACAGUGACUCAGCACCUGGAGACGCAACGCGUCGAUCUGAAGGGCAAGACCAAGCCCACCUGGCCGCCUUUCUCUUCCUCAUACAGCACAUCGACGCCCACGUACGUUUCGCCAUAUGCCAAGAAGCCCGGUUUGGGGGCCAUCACCUAUACAUCGCCCUACUCCAAAGCACCAUCUGUCACUGCCUCAACCUCAGCCUCCAGCUCUGUUAGUAGCCUUUCCAGCAACACCAAGCCCUCUGCCAACUCCUUCACCAGCAUCUUCAAGCCAUCAGUCAAGCCGACUUCGAAGCCGGUCGAGCCGACGCCGUUUGUGAGCCUGGGCAACUCCAACUCCUAUUUGGGCGGCACAAAGCCCAAGGCGAGCGGCAGCAUUUUCGACGCCCAGGGUUCCCACAAACCGACUAUCCCGACUGCAGUGGCGACUGCCAGGCCCAAUGUAUCAAAAUCCAAGCUGAAGCCAGCCCGUGUUUAUAUCUUUAACAACGAGAAAUUCGAUACCAAAAAUGAGUUCCGCGCGGGCAGUGCCCAGGACGUGAAGGCCCUGCGGAACUCCUUCGAGCAGCUAAAAUGUAAAGUAGAGGUCAUCACAGACGCCAAUCUGGCCACGGUCAAAAAAACGGUUCGCAUGCUGGAAACAAAGGAUUUUGCUGACAAGAGCGCCCUAGUUUUGGUAAUGCUCAGCCAUGGAACUCGCCACGACAGGCUCGCGGCUAAGGACGAUGAUUACUCGCUCGACGACGACGUUCUAUUUCCGAUUCUUCGCAACCGGACGCUCAAAGACAAGCCCAAGCUUCUGUUUGUCCAGGCCUGCAAGGGAGCCAACGAGCUAGGCGGGUUCAUGACGGAUUCAUCCCAACCCAACGGGUCGCCAAACGAGAUCCUCAAGUGUUAUAGCACUUACGAGGGAUACGUCUCCUACCGCACUGAGGAUGGAACUCCCUUCAUUCAAACGCUCUGCGAAGCUCUGAACAGGUCGGGAAAGACCUCCGACAUCGACACCAUAAUGAUGAGUGUCCGGCGGGUGGUGAAGGCACAAACCAAGGAUGGCCAGAUCCCAUCUGUCACCAGCACACUUACCAACAAGUACGUUUUCGGAGAUUUUAUUUGAGAUUUUUAUCAAGAUUUGACAUCCACCAGUAUCAUAAUCAAAAGUCUUAUAGCUACAUAUUUUAGUUGCCUAGCUUUUAUCGUUGUGAUUCACAAAUAGAAUAAUUAUUUUACAAUAUCCGUUAUCGAUUGUGGAUUUUAUCUCUGUGUUCUUCGUUUGUGGUGUUGCGGUGCCGUGAACUGAUGCAUGGAAGGAAGUAAGUGGUAAUUCCAUAUUUUAUCAUCGGAAGUGAAAUUAAAAAUAUUAUGGGAAUGUCAUAACAGCUUUAGGAUAGUGACGGAAUCAAAAUAUCCAUUGCGAAAUCUUCAACAACAUAAUGGUUGUUCAUUCAUUCUAAUUUUGACUUUUACGAUUGCGUGAACUGAGUUAAAAAUAAUAAUGCCUAAGAGGAGAGCGACAGCUUAUUAUCCUCAAAACGCGGUCACGAAAGUGCGGCAAAAGUCCCCUAUAAAAAUAGCUAAGGACAGAAGAAUAGGCACUAAUAGGUCAGGAUAAUACGCGUACACCAACGUUGCGGCCAUUGAGGGCGGUAAUGGUCAAGUCAGAACGCCGACAAGGUCUGGUGUAUCAAAUUACGUGAUCUGCAGAGACAAUCAGUGGCGAAAAGGACUAAUAGAUCCUGCGGAAUCUAUGUCCAUAAGAAAACGCAGCGCUGCAUUGCAGAUUUGAACCAAGAUCAUUUUGGUCCAAAGGGUGCAAAGCAAUGAAGGAGUCAUCGCCGAACCUGCAAAGUAUAUAUGUACAUAUAUUCUUGAUAAGGAUAACCUCAUAUAUCAUAUAUUAUAUUUAUAUAUAUUAUAUAUUAUAUUAUACAUAUAUCAUAUUACAAUAGAAACCAUCAGUUAACUAAAAGAGUUUUUAAACAUAUGACCAUUUCCAGAAACAGAUCAACCAGGAUAGAAUAAGUUAAUGUGGAAAAUCAUACAAUUUUGUGAAUUCUUUCAAAGAAAAGUGAAAUUUUUCAUAAUAAAAUGGAUUAAAAAAUUAUACGA